AUGGUUUUUAACGUAGGAAGAACAUUGCCCACGCCUGUCGCUUGCAAAGUUUGCGGUGAUCGUUCUUAUGGGAAGCAUUAUGGCGUUUAUUGCUGCGAUGGUUGUUCAUGUUUCUUUAAAAGAUCCGUACGUCGUGGCACACUCUUCACCUGUAUAGCGAGUACAGGAACUUGUGCCGUUGAUAAAACGCGAAGAAAUUGGUGUCCACAUUGUCGAUUGAAGAAAUGUUUUUCCGUCGGCAUGAACACGGCAGAUUUUAACUAUCAACAAAUAAAACUGCUUAUAGCUGUUCAAGAAGAAAGAGGACCUCGUAUACGAAAUCGAACUAUUUCAUCGUCGAAUAACAAUAAUUCAGACAUCAUUUGGAAAUCGAGAAACAAUCCAAGUGACUCUUGUAAACGACAUCUAAAUACAUUCGAAAUUCCUCUAAUAUUUAAAACAAAUACGAUGAGUACAUCCAUAAAAUCAUUUUACGAGCCACGAACGGACAACGAAGCUUUACUUCCUGCAAUCUUGCGACACGUACAACCGCCGAGAUUCAUUGCACCUGGUGAUGCCAUUAGAUAUGAAAUUUCGGCACAAAUAUUUCUCGCUACGAUACGUGGAGCUCGACGACAUCGAGAUUUUUCAAUUCUCGAUAUCGAAGAACAAAAUGUGAUUCUUCGGAAAGCAUGGUCAGCAGUAUUCGUUUUACGUGCCGCUACUUGGCCUUUCGAUCUAACGAAUCUCGGUAUUACAAAUGUAACAGGAAACGAAAAUGCUUUCGUUUUUUUACAAGCAGCACGUACUACGAUCUCUAAUUUGCAUCUCGAUGACACUGAACUGUCCAUUUUGGAGACUUUCGCUUUAUGUCGACCUGAAAUCGCCCGAACUACAGACAGCGUUCGAUUGAUAAUGAAAGCGAGAGAAUCAGCUGUGGAAACUUUCAUCGGCCAUCUUCGAAAACACGGUGAUCGUGGUCAUAGAUUAACGCAAAUUAUGUUUCUAUUACCUAUCCUUACUGGAUGCUGUCCUGGAGAAUUAUCUAAUGAUCUUUUCGCGCCUAUAAUCGGUAAUAUCGAUCUCGAAAGAGUAAUAGCAUCGAUACGAUAAUCGAUAGAUCGAUCCUAAUUGAAUACAAACGUAGAAAAUA